CUACGUAAUGACGUAGUUUUACGUUACAACGUGAUUUAGCAACUUUGAGCAACAAAUCAACCUGCCUCUAGUAACUUACCCUUAAAAUUAGUUCACAGCACUGGUUCCAUAGUUACUGUCAGGGACACCACGACUCUUACAACAUAAAAUGGGUCCCUACACAAUCACCUACUUUGGAGUCCGAGGGCGCUGUGGCGCUAUGAGAAUCAUGAUGGCCGACCAGGGACAGGAAUGGAAGGAGAUCGUGGUGGACUUUGCAGACUGGAUGAAGGGAGAUCUGAAAGCCACUUGUGUAUUUGGUCAGUUGCCCAAGUUAGAAGAUGGAGGAUUUGCCCUGUACCAGUCAAAUGCCAUUCUGAGGCACUUGGGCCGCAAUCAUGAUGCCUAUGGGAAAGAUGGCAAGGAGGCUGCCCUCAUUGACAUGAUGUGUGAUGGCGUUGAGGACCUUCGUCUUAAAUACGUAAAAAUGAUUUACCAGGAAUACGAUACUGGUAAAGACGUAUACAUCAAAGACCUUCCUAACCACCUUGACAAGUUUGAAGCUGUGAUGGCCAAAAACAAGACUGGUUUUCUUGUUGGCGACAAGCCUUCCUUUGCUGACUAUAGUCUGUUUGAAGUCCUUCUCAACCACCUGGUGCUCUGCUCCAGUUGCCUGGAUACCUUCCCCUCCCUGAAGAGUUUUGUUGAGAAGAUGUCUGCCCGUCCAAAAAUCAAGACCUUCCUAGACUCUGAAGCCUACAAGAAACUGCCCAUUAACGGCAAUGGCAAACAGUGAAUUCUGCUGAACAAAGGAGGCUAAAUUCCACCCCUUAUACUGUAACCUGAAUGGUCAUGGAUAAUAGCCAUUUUUUUGUGUGUCCAACUUACACAUUAGCCUACAAUAAGCUUGUAGUUAACUUUAUGUACAAUUGUUAGAUACUAAUGACUUGUUUGACAUGAUGAAUUGUAAUUGUCAUGUGUGUAAUUGUCAAGCACUUUUGAACUUGAAAUUUAGUAGACAUUUACAGGUUCUAUAGUACAUGUAUCACUUCUUUGCAGUUCUGUGAAUAUUAUGGCAAUUGCCAUUAUAAUGACAAGCCAUGAAGAAGAAUUGGUACAGUACAUACAUAAGAUGGUCAGUAGGGGGCACUCCUCUCCUUGGCCUUUUGGCAUACCGAGGUAAAGACCCAUUCAGAUUGGAUAUUCGGCUGUAGUUUUCCUUUGUCUUCCAACAGCAGUUAGGGACCAUCAACAUAGUGACAAAUCAAAUUUUUCAAAUUUCACUGGCUCUUUAACCAUUACUCCUAAAACUUUAAACUGGUUCUAGCUAACCCGAUGGCAUAGACACAUUGUAAACUUUUUUUUUUGUAGAUUUACAUCUCUCACUAUUAUUUAUUUACAUUUUUGAAAUUCAAUAGCACCCACACAUUUUAACAAGGUUCAUGAUGUACACUCAGUGGGCCUACAUAUUGCACACCCAUUUGUUUAUCAAUUUGCAUCUCACGUGAUUUUAGUUUCAUUUUAAAUGUUUUUCAAUGUUUCUAAUUUGAAUUGCUCCUUGGUCAUGUGACCUACAAUUCUCAAACUACUUUGAGUAUCCACUCACUAGCAAUAUAUAUUGCACACCCUAUA